AUGAUGAAAAGUAAUGAAUUAUUGUGUUGUGAAGAUAAUGUUUUUUCUUCAGAAACGGAUGACUGGAAAGAUGUAAGGCUUUUAGCUCAUUCGGAAGAUGAUGUUUUUGGUGUGCAGAGGGUCUUGUUGGAUCCAUCACUACUGUUAUCAUCACCAAAUGAAACAAAAAAAAGUAGGACUAUUAAUUAUUGUGAGCCCGUUCAAAUCGUAAUAUCCAUCAGUUCGGAAAUUGUUUUUACUUUUGUGUUGGAAUUUAGUGGAUUUUUGACAAAAGAAAGUAAUCAUGCACUAAGUGACGAUAAUCGCACAACCACUGAUGACCACAAUAAUUCUUCACAUAGCUUGGUGUCUUCAGUAAUUGUACAUUCUGAAAUUAUUUCACUCAUUGAGGAACGGCUAGGAACUGAUGAAAAAUCUAAUCGGUUCAAAUGUAUUGUUGAACCUCUCUUGCAUAGCUCACAACUUACUGUAAAUACGAAUAAUGAUGUGGAAAUUCUUGUCUCUAUGUUUAAUCCAAAAGACUCCCAAGAAAUUUUAAAUUUUAUGGAACGAAUAGCAUUAUUUAGCGAAAAGUCAAUCUUCAAAAAACACGUUGACUUGUUUAAUUCUCUUAUUAAAACCAAAUUACUUGGUAGAUAUGUUGUGGACGGACAAGUGACACUCAUAGAGUUUAUGGGAGUGAGAUAUCCAAUUUUGAUACGUUUUAAGUCUUCACAAAAUGUUGCGAACAGAAAGUACAUGCAAGUAACCAGGGAUGCUAUUGUGAAAUUUAAUUCAUCGAGUCAAGCACCACCCAUUGCGAAUGUCGCUUCCUUACAGAAACUUACAAAUGACCAACUUCUCUACAAGGAAAGAACGAAAACAUUUAUUGAGAAUAUUUCAUCAGACUCCAUUGGAGGCCUCGAUGAACAGUUGGCAAAAAUUACUGAAAUUUUAGACGCCGUCUUUCAUGUUACUCCCAAGUUUUGCACACAUACUCCCAAAACAAUGUUGCUUUGGGGAUUACAAGGAACAGGAAAAACAACCAUUUUGACAAAAAUAAGCGAGGAAUACAAAGAACGUGGAAUUCAAGUUCGAUUUGCAAAUGGAACUUCCUUCUCUAUAGAUCUAUUUUCAAAUUUACACCAUUCUCAAGAUACAGGAAUACUUAUUUGUUUGGACGAUAUUGAAAAUAUGGGGAAAAAGUUUGAUCACUUAUUAUCAUGCUUGCAGAAAAUUACUUUCAACAAUUCUGGACGGGUGGCAGUUAUUGCAGUUUCUAAUCGAAAUAUUGAAGAGUUAGAUGAAUCGGUGAGACAAAGUGGACAUUUCGAAAGAGAUUUUUACAUUCCAAUUCCAAGCGGCCUCAAAGAUCGGUCUACUAUUCUCGAUAUUCAAUUUCGAAAGUUUUUUCCAACGCUCCCACCAGAAAUCAAAGAAAUUUUCAUUAAUAAUCUGUUAAGGUUUACACCUGGUUAUGUUGGACGUGACAUUCAAAGACUUUUCAAAAUGGCUCAAUAUCAUGCACUUUCGAAUGAGGAGUGUGAACACAGUCAGAAGUCCAUCAACAAUGCAAUGGCCAUCACCUCUAUCGAAACGUUUGUUCAACCUCAGUGGAAAGAUUUUGAAUAUGCACUUCGAGUGGUGAAACCCAGUCAAUUGAAUACUGAAAAUCUCUUCACAGUAUUGAGAUCCAACGAACAAGGGCAUCCCAAUAAUAACGAAUUUCAAGAUAUUGGAGGAUACAAUCAUAUCAAACAACGAUGUAAAGAAUUGUUGUAUUGGCCUUUGGAAUAUCCAGAAUCUUUUCAAAGAUAUGGUUUACCAACGUGUUGUGGAAUUUUGUUGCAUGGACCAUCAGGAUGUGGAAAAAGUUUACUCACACGAAGUUUGGCUUCUUUGGGCAAAAUGAAUUACAUUUCACUCAAAUGCCCAGAAAUGUUCAGCAAAUAUGUGGGUGAAACAGAAAAGUUGAUUCGAUAUAUUUUCAAACGCGCACGACAACUCUCCCCGUGUGUACUUGUGUUUGACGAGAUUGAUGCUUUGGCUCCAAGAAGAGAAUUGCAGAGUAAUGCAUCGGUGACAGAUAGUGGAUCGGCUGCGCGAGCUCUUUCUCAACUACUUAAUGAAAUGGAUGGAAUUCAGAACAGAAAACAAGUAUUUAUUAUUGGAUGUACAAAUAGAAUUGAAUUGAUUGAUCAGGCAUUACUGAGACCGGGAAGAUUGGAUCAAAUUUUGGAGAUGGGUGAACCCAAUGAGCAUGACAUGUUCGAUAUUUUCACUGUUUACAAAAGAAAAAUGCCAUUUUCUCCAACGAUCGACAUCGCAGAAUUGGUUUCCGUGAUUAAGGAUCAUGGAUGGACAGGUGCAAAAAUUCAUUCAUGGUGCAGAGAGGCUGCUUUGGAAGCUCUCAGAGAGAAUAUUGGCAGUGCGGUAAUUGAAUUGCGUCAUUUCAAGAGCUCGUAUCCUUCAAUGAAUCAAUAG